AUGCCAAAGUCCCCAGAGAGUGCAAAGAAGAUGCUAGAAGUCAUCCACAGCGAUGUCUGUGGUCCUAUGCAAACAGCUUCGCUCGGUGAAAGCAGAUACUUUGUCACUUUCAUUGACGAGUAUUCACACUUUAGUGUGGUGUUCUUGCUUGAAAACAAGUCUGAAGUGGCUUCUAAGUUCGCCAAAUUCGUCGCAUUUGCAGAAACUCAGACAGGCAACCGCGUCAAGGUACUUCGCAGUGACAAAGGCGGAGAGUACAAGUCGCGUGAGAUGACCAAGCUGUGCAGCAGUCGUGGCAUGGUACAAAAGUUCACGCCUCCCUACAUACUUCAACUCAACGGAGUGGCAGAACGGAUGAACAGGACAUUGGUGGAAUGCGCUCGCUGCAUGUUGGAGCAUGCCGGACUGUCCAAGGCAUAUUGGGACAAGUCGCCACAUCAUAUCUGGACCGGCAAGAAACCGCUUUUUUCAAAUCCGAAGGUGUCCGGUUGUCACGCAUACGUGACGGUCCCGAAACAAAAUCGCACCAAGUUUGAUGCGCAGUCAGUCUAUUGCCGCUUCAUAGGAUGCUCUGAACACGAGAAAGCGUAUCGCUUUGAAGAGAUCAAGAGCCGUCGUGUUCUAGUGAGUCGCGACGCAAAAUUCAUGGAAGACGUCUUCGACAGUGGGAGACGCACCGAAAGAGACGCAGAAGAUGUCUUUGAAAGUCAAGAAGAUGAGAGUACAGGUCAUGAUUGUUCUUCCGUACCAAUUCUGCCUGACGAAGAAGACGCUGCGCAAGACCAAUAUACGGAGCCCGGCAGUAAGCGCCACACGUGA